AUGAGCGCAUCUCGUUCAUCUACCCUGAAUGAAAUCAUCACGGAAGCACAACGCGUCGAAGAAAUUCUGUAUCUGCGGAAUAAAGAACUGCGUCUACGCCAAAAUACCCGCUAUAAACGAAAUGUCAAUGGGCAUGAUCCGACGCCUCUUGUGUCAAUUUUGACACGGGCAUAUAAUUCCUCGAAAAACACAUCACCUACAUCUACUACACAAGCGAAUCCCACUUGUUGGCGUUGUUACGAAACUGGCCAUUAUGUUCCAAAUUGUCCUCUCAACGACUCACGAAGAACUUUUGACUCCUUCGACAACAACACAGAACCUUUACCUCCACGUGCAAAAAAAAAUUAA